AUGUCGUCGGACAUGUUGGAUGGCUACUGGCGGGCCCCGCCCAUCGCCAGAACCGUCGCAACGGCAGCAUUCGUGACUUCGAUCUCCGUAUACCUGGGAGCUCUCCCUGCGCAUUGGCUUACGUUCAUGCCCGAAAAACUUUUCACUUUUCCUCCCCAAGUUUGGAGGAUCUGGUCGAACUUCCUCGUCACUGGUCCCCAGCUGAGCCUGCUGUUUGACACGUACUUUCUGUACAGCUACACAAGCGCCCUUGAGGUCGGCAACCCUCGCUUUUCCAAGAAGGAGGAUGUAAUAUGGUACCUCUUGUUUGUCGGCGGCGUCAUCACGACCAUAGCCUCCUGGCUCUUUGGCGGCGGCUUCUUCCUCUCGGCCCUGAUCCUCGCCAUGUGCCGCACCGUGACCCAAGACCAGCGCGGCCAGAAGGCCAGCAUCUACUUCAUCACCAUUCCCGCCCAACUCAUGCCCUUUGCCAUGAUGCUCAUGUCUCUGCUGUUUCCUGGUGGCGCCAUGACGUUUCUCAUGCAGCUCAUCGGCUUCUUCGCCGCCCACCUGUUCGAUUUCCUGACGAGGAUCUACCCGACCUUUACCGGCGGGCGGAACCUGCUGCCCACGCCUGGGUUCCUGUCCCGCUUCGUCGACACGCCUCGCAUCCUGGAGCGCAACUUUGGCACUGCCAUUCGUCCGCGAGCCGCUGAGCCAUCGACCGGGCGCACCACUGGCGCCGCCACCGGAGGCGGCCCCCUUCCCGAAGCAUGGAGGACCAGGGGUCCUGGCAGGCGUCUCGGGGAUUAG